AUGAAUCCACUAGUACUUCCUCCACCGUCGCUGAUGACAAAUUCUCAGAUUAUGAGUCAGAGUCUGUUAUUAGGUCAAUCUAAGGGUUUGAAUUAUUGGAGUAUGGCUAUGAACAAGCAACAACAAGUGAUCAACAUGGCUCAUUCUCAAUCUCAGGCUAUGGUGAAUAAUCAACCUCUAAUGGUGAACCCCUUAAACUUUAGCCUUAACCCUAAUUCGGUAAACCCUAAUAAUUAUGGUCAUAACUGGAAUGGUAUUCCUAUUGCUGCAGGUGGUAACAACAGAGAUGGUUCAUGUUCAGGUUGUUACAAGCCUCGGGCUUUGAAUAAGCUUCAGUCCAGAAACAGGAAGUUUUACCCAAAGAAGAACUAUGCUAAUCGAUAUCUUACACCUUAUGCUCCACGGAACACAAGCUCUUUUAUCAUCCGAGUGAAGAAGUCUGGUGGCAUUGCGGAUUCAGUGUCUCCAUGCCUUGUAACGCCAUCGGUGUUGCCUUCCCCGAUGUUCUUUCCAUCGGUAGAGGUUUUGGGCAAUAUGGUAAAGGAGGAAUGGGGAGUUGAUGUGUAUGGGUCAAUGGAGGGGUUGGUUAGGCUGAGAUCUGAUGGUAUUCAUGAAUUGGAACCGUUUGAUGAAGAUGGAGGAGGAUCGUGUAAGAGUGAUGGGGAGAAGAAUGUAGAGGUUGAGAAGAGAUUAGAAAAUGACUUGAGCCAAUUAGAGAUAGUAUGUCCGAAUGGUCGUGGUAGGUUUGAUUAUAACAAUGACUUGGAAAACAGAGUUGAUAAUCAGAAUAGGCAUAUUGCUCAACUAGAGGAAGAGAACUUAACUGUGAAGCAGAGGUUAUCCUUGAUGGAAAGGGAAGUUGGUGAUUUUAAGAGAAGGUUAGAGUCUCUCGAGAUGCGGAAUAUGGUUGUCGGUGAAGAUGGUAAUGGAGAGGUUGUAGAGAAUGAGUCUGGAAGGGAUAGUGGAACACAUGGCUCUGGUGCGUUUACUAGUGGUGAGGCAAUGGAGAACCAUUUGGCUGCAGGAGAUGUUUGCAAGCAGGAUAUGGUGAGUGACAAAGCUGCGGGGAAUGAAAUUAACAACACUAACCAAGGCAAAGUAGAUGAAGCAAAAGAGAACAAUCAUACAAACAUGCAAGAAAUUAAGGAUGAAGACAAAAAGCACUACAAGACAAACAGACGCAUACCGACGGACAAAACCGUCGGAAUAGCCCUAUUCCGACGCUAUUCCAACGAAAGUGGUCGUCGGUUUCAGUUGGUCGGAAAAAAAAAAUUCGUCGGAAAUCCAUCAGACAUUCCGACGAUUUUCUGA